GUGGAUUUAGCUUAUGCAGCUCCCCUGCUCCCCCGGCGACAUAAUUAAUGGAUGCACGAUUCGCGUCUCUUGUACAUUUCCACGCGAUUUGUGCAUCAUCACUAUUUCUUCGGUACCUUACCUAUUCGUAUUUCCCAAUUUUAUUCCCAUCGAUAACGAUAACAGACUACGAUCAACAAUUGUAUUCUCAACUCCAUUUGUAUCAAUUUCAACAUUUGCAACCAAGUAGCUACAUACUAAAUUCCGUAUGCGAUAUUGCUACUAAUUCCAUCAGCGCGAUAGGCGCAAGUUCGCAAGAUGGCCUUCUCCGCCAUCAAUGUCGAACCAGAGGAGAAUAUCGACGAGGAGAUCGACGAUACCCGCGAAAUCCAGAUUGACGAAGCCCUGAAGCGCUUUCAGACCGCCCUCAAACUUCACGCUCAGGGCCCUAAACAUUACGAAGAAGCGUCGUCAGCCUACGAGUUGCUAUUCGAGUCUGACAUAUUCCGAUACCCCGAGAGCACCACCGACUUCGAGCGCGCCGAACGUCAAUCAGAUCCCCGGCACCUAGGCCUCGACGUCCCGUUCCCUCAACCUCUCGACGUCUCCCAAGGGGAUAUAGACGGCAGUGGCAGUAGCUUGCCCCAGACGCUCUAUCUCGCUUAUAAGAAUCAUGGCCAGUUUGCCCUAGACAAUAUUAGACAUCUAGUCAAGGCGGGAGGAGAUGUAAGAUCCGUAUUAAAAGAUAAAAAGGUACUCGCUGCCGCUCAGAAGGCGCUUUACGAAUUUAGUACAGCUCUAGAUUUUGACCCGUCAGAUGCCGAACUAUGGAGGAGGGCCGCGCGCGUCGCCGCAUUUCUGAAUAGCGCUAGAAUCAGCCGAUACUGUCUCGAGGCUGCCAUCGAACUUGACGAUGAUCCGGCGGUAGAGGAAGUCGAGCCGCCCUCUCUAGCCGAGGGAUUCGCCGGCGAACAAUUGAAGAAACAACUUGACGUCUUGUCCGACGAUUUGGCGCUGUCGCACCCGAUCAUGGCUCCGUUCCUAAAGAAAUCGAUAUCGGAUCGUCUCAAGAAACAUCUCGACCCUUUUCCAUUCCUUCCGAACCCGACCGACUCGCUCGCGCCGCCUCCUACCCUCGCAUCCUCGGCGGAUCACCAAAAGUCCCAGCGCCUUAUUAUCGAUGUCCCCGUAGCCUCGUGGACGGAUUUGGGCAUGUCGCUUGUGCAGCUAGUCGCAACUGGUGGUAUACCUGGAAAGGCCGUAACUCUGAACCUUCCCGAGAUACCAGAUACCGAAGACGACGUCGAGACGGCUAGCAAUAGGCCAAACCAGAUAUUGCCCGAGAAUAGCGGAAGGGUCCAGCCGGCUUCGGAGAACAAACCUCCAACGCAAUCCAAGGAUGACCAGAGCGAAUCUCCAAAGGAAGGCGUUGCUGACAAUGGUAUCGCUAUCGAAGAUGCGCGGGCCGAACGUAGCACCUCUCUGCCUUCGCGGAAACGCUCUCAGUCUACAGCAGGGUUUCCCGACGGGGUUGACGAAGAGGUCUUGGAUCAGAAGAGGAGCAAGCGCAUUCGACGCCGGGAAACUGCUGGAGAAGUUAUGGAUACAAACACCCAGUACGCCACCCAAUUGCAGCCGUUCCAGGCGGCCGACCAGAAUCUCUUUCAGAUGACACGCAAUAUGAUAGAGAACUUGGGAGUCACCGACCGCGACACCCUCGAUCGACUGGCCGAGAUUCUCGACUCGUGCGCGUCUUCUACUCGAACUGCUAAGCUCGAACGGUCGGCCAUGGUCGAUCUGCGCGACUCGCUCGUGAAAUUUGACGAGGAGAGUACCAGAGUGGUUUUCAAUAAAAAGGAGGCGUCUACCGUCGGUUUCUCGUCUUUCCUGGAGCACUCGAAGCCCGGAUCUCAGAAUAAGCGCGAGACUCCCGCGUUCCACGAGACCAAGGGCUUAAAGGCCUUCGUCCAAACUAUCAACGACAACUGGAUAGGAAUCCAAGAUGUGGCUUUCGAGUGGGUCAAGCACGUCUGCGCGACUUACCUUACGAGCAAGUGGCCGGAUUCCAUGAAGACUGCUGUUGUUCAAGUGAUUAGCCAUCUCGACGAAGAUAUCUGGAGACGCGUGCAGUACGAGCUGAGAUAUCACGCCGCGUCUGAAGAUCCGGCCGCGACGUUGGCCACGAUCGAUGGCAUAGUUCAAAUGUUGUUCGAGCUGCACCUAGACGUAUACGAACGGAUCACCAACCCCAAUAGCGCCGUAGAAUACGCGAUUCGCGUGGAGACCAAAGGAAGGCUAGGACGCUGGUUCACGUUCGCUUCGCAGAUGAGUCGAGAUCGCCCCGAGGGUGCAGACCGUCUGCUGUCCAUCCGAUUCUUAUGGUCCGCCGUUUUCGCCGUUACCCUGACGGAAGGCGUAUCGAGAGACCACGUUCUUCAGUGCUGGAAGAGCCUCCGCGAUAGGAUCAGCGAGGAGGACGACCCUCUCGAUAUCCGACUGCCAAACAAUGCGAUCAUGCCGGAAGUCUCCGCCCGCGCAGCCGAUAGGGAAAUAUCUAAACUGACGACUAUGGAUUUCUUCCUCGGGCUAUUCCAGAACGACCUUAGCGACCCCGUAUCUAUCAUCGAAAGCCUAGAACCCGUAUUGAAUCCCUCUUCCGUCUAUAUAGCAACGAACGACCCCGAAGCUAUGGUGGUCGACGAAGAUUCCGACGCGCCGGCAGCUACCGGCAAAAACCUGCCCAUCUCGGAGGCUGCGGAUCAGGGCCUGCGCGAUCUCUGGAAAUUUUUGCUGGGGGCGAGCACCGAAUUAAGAUUGUUCUUAUGGACACGCCUCGGAGAAGCCUACAACGCCAUCGACUACACUACGAAACAAUUUUCGUGCCUUCUCAAAAGUAUCGAGAUGGUCGUCGCCGAUUUCGAGCAGGAUUCUUAUCUGACCAUGCCUGCCGACGCGCGUCGUCCUCUCUUCUUGAAUAUGCUUAGGUUUCUAGACGAAUUGCUCAUCCAGGCGCUUUCGAUGGCGCUUAACGAUGUCAAAGCGUUCGAUAUCGUAGACGAGGAGCACCUAAGAUCCAGCAUUUCCGCUUUGACGAAGCUUUCCUGCUUGCUACACGUAACUUGCAUGUACGAAGACGAAGUGCGCGUAGGCAUGAAGCAGCACCUUUCGAGCGGCGCCACUUUCCAGUCUUUCUUAACCAAACUUCGCGAGAUGCAGGUUAGGAAUUGGUCUCUUCUGUAUACGAUGCUGAAGGCCGGCAUUGCGCAGAACAGGGCGGGCUUUACCACACCCGAUAACGACCUCGCGGAUUAUCUAGCGGCUAUCCAUCAGGUCUUGGGCCUCAGAAAAUUCUGCAAGGCGUCCAACAAGAUCUUCCUCAAGAUGAUGCGGGUAGAGCUCUUGAAGCAAAAUCUCAUAGACAACUGGGAGGAUUAUCUCGGACAGGUUCUUUACGAUCUCUACGGCUUAAAACUCGGGGUAGGUCUUAGCGAAGUGCAAGACCACGGAUGCCCCCCCGAGAAGCUCGAACGGCGAAAUACGACGGCCCUGGUCGAGAGGGUAUCCGUCUUGGCUAACCGCAUGCCGAUGAAAGAUCUGCUGAAAUCGGAUCUCAAAACCACGAUAGAGCACAUGCAGCAAGCCAUAGGGCAGACCAAGUCGAACCAGCAAUUCAUACAAAACCUCAGGAUCUUCAACCAGACUUUACAAAGACCUAUCCCGCCCCUUCGCUUGUACGAAGCGCUCAAGGGUAACAUUUCCAUCGACGCCGUUACCGUCAACACUCCGGAUAGCGCCUUGGCCAAGCACGGAUGGUUCUUCCUCUUGGGCAUGAUCGCCUUCACUAAGUUCAAAGGCGUAGAUCUCAAUAGGAGGCAGACGCCAGGCGCUACUGACGACCUUCGCAUCGGCGCCACGUUUCUACGCCAGCAGCUACAGUUCACACCCGACCAAUGGGAUGCUUGGUUCAGGCUUGCGGAGUGUUUCGACUACGAGCUCGACGAAUCCGUGCUCUGGACGGCAGAUAAGAUGAACAAGGAGAGGGCAGAACUGGUUAAAUACCAGCGCAGCGCGAUCCACUGCUAUACUCUGGCGUUAUCGCAGUCCCGGAACACGCCGCCCGACGCGCUCAGGGAACGUUCCGACGACAUACACGACCUUUAUCAUAAAUUCGGCAUGCGCAUGUACGCGUCCAGCAGAGAACCGUUCGCGAUGGAGCCCUUCCACCACUCCGAGCACAAAAGAUUCGUUAUUCUCGAAUCCGGCGUAGAGUCCAAGGAUCUUCAUUCCCAGAUGGAAGACUACAAGGUAUGGAAGUACGCAGCUAGAUUAUUCGCCAAAGCCAUGGAGGUCAGACCGAAACAGUGGCAAAAUCCAUACAUGGUGGCCAAGUGCAUCUGGAAGAUGUAUCAGAAACCCCCAACGUCGCUCGACCACAGGGACAGACGAGAUCGGCCUACUAUGCAAGCCGUCAUAGACGCUCUCGAAAAAGCCAUCGAGGUCGUGUCCGCGCUGCCGAAGCCGCGCCACGGCCAAGAUCCGAUUCUGGAGCCCCAUUACAAAAUCGUGUCGAUCAUGCACAAGCUGGUGAUGCGAGGAGAUAUAACGCCGCAAGAAGCAGCCGACGUGCUUCAACGCCAGCCGUACGCCGUCCAGGAUGGGGAACGCGUCGAGAUCGCGGAGCCGGAAGACUGGGAGCCGUACGUGAUCAAGACGCUAACCCACUUGCGAGAGAAAGACAGAUCAAAUUGGCAACAUCGCAUCAUCAUGCGCCACGCCCGAAUAUUGUUCGACGAGAACUCCGAAGAGCAGGGCUACGUCCAGGCGAUGGCCGCCUUCGGCGUGCUAAGGGAGUCGAUGCUCACCAAGACCAUGGUCAUGAACGUAUGGAAGUGCGACGCGGAGCGGCCAGGUCGGCAUCACGUUUACACGGAGCAAUACGUUCGGUUUGCCGUCAAGCUCUUAGUCGUCCUAAAGGACAGGACGAACUUUGAGGCCUUGCUUCGCCGUUUACGCAAGAAGGGGGCAGACUUUUAUCAUUUCAACGAUCUCUGGCAGACUUGCUGCAUCGCGUAUCUGCGACUUAUUCGGCAGACGUACCAGAUCUCCCCAGUCCUCGAGGAUGAUUUCAAGCCCGUCAGCCCCGACGAAUUCGAUAUUAUUACCUCUAGGAUUAGCGAAUGGUCAUCGGAUCCGUCCUCCUCUCACCCCGCGCUUAGCGCUCUGCAAGAGACGAUAGAACUGAAAAAGCUUAACGCGGGCUUGAUGAAGGCCGGUGCCAUCGACGACCUAGUUAACGACUGCUAUACGGCGUUGUAUUUCGAUAUCGGGAAAAACUUACCAGGCCCUGCCGUGUCUGCUUUAAUCGCGGAGCGGGAACAGGCACGUCUACGGGAAGAAUCUCGGCCGUCUGAUAAAAUAGUAGAAUCCAAGCCGACGAAUUCGUUAAGCAACCUCUUGAACCCGCAAUCGCACGAGAACUCGGGCGGAGAGGGCGCGGCCGGGGAUUUGACAUCGGCGAACACGGAAGGGCCGCAAAGACCUCGCAAAGUGGGAAUCAGAAGGGCUGAUAUUUUACGCAAGGCAGAACAAGCAGUCGUACGUGCCCAAGAAGGUCCGAAGCCCACCGGUACCAAAUCGCGAGGUUCCGUCUCGAGUAGCAAGACACCCGCGGCAGAGGAAGAGAAACACGACGUAGCCGACGACUCGAGAAGUGACGACGGCGCACUAGAUGAGGACGUAGAGAUGAAGGACGAAGAGGUCGAGGGCGACUUGAGCUCGGCACCCGGAAGCGUUCACGAUUCCGCCGACGACGAGAGCGAUCUGAGCGACGCUCCGCCGGAAGACGUAUUAGAUGAGGAUGAGCUCCGGCAGCUAAUGUUUCCGAAUUUAACUAGAAGGAGUAUGGAUACGACGAUAGAUAAUUCCGACAGCGAGGAGUCCCUCGAGGAGGGUUCUUCCGACGAAGAGGCUCAAGAAGCCGAAGAGUAGGCCGCCUUAGAUUAUAGGUUAAGGUGGGUUUGUCUGAGUACCGGAGUUGACCAAUGCGUUUUCAAAGGCAUAAGUUGCCUAUUGAACAAUUAGUUGCCCGAGCGGCGGGAUCUUCUGUUUUCAAAACACCAAAAAUUAUCGUAACCUCGAACAAUACGAUUACGGGUGCCUAUUCUUAUAAGUCUGCCAUCGGGAUUCGUCUUGGUAUGCUUUGGAUUUCCCUGCUGGGUACCUCUUAGAAUUUUCUUGAGACGUGUCAUCGUGAUUGCAGAAACCACGCCGUCCAACAAUCUCGAUAUCUUCAUUGCUACCGCUUCUCACCGUAUCCUUCUGCUAAUCCAUCGUAUUACGCUCUAGCCGGAGAGCAAUAUCUAGAUCGCAACUUCAAGUCUCGUACCCUCUCACGAUGUCCGGGAUGUGCGUUGGCAUUCGUGUCGCGAGGCGUAAACUGCGUCUCUUGCGGAAUACUUCAGCCUCCUCCACGAAUAUCUUAAUGUUCAAUUCUACCACAAGUAAAACUCUCCCUUCCGGCAAGAGGCUAAACUGUUCCCGUCGCUCAGACAGCUCAGCGACAUGUGUGCCGUAUGAUCAUACCACCUUC